GGUCAGUAGAUAUUCAUCUAGUUAAUAUUUCAUCUUUAUUUGGAAGUAUAAUGGGCGUAUUUAUAAUUAUAACGUUUAAAAUGCAUAGAUGCCUAAAAUGAGUGCCAAUCUCUGCUUUAUUAAAAACAAAGUUUUGGCGCCACAGGCCACAACUCAGGAAACCAGGAAGUGCUCUACUUGUGAUGUAAGUUUCUCAGAUCCUUCCUCUCAGAAAUUGCACUUUAAAUCCGAGUGGCACCUGUAUAAUGUAAAGCGCAAGAAUUCCCAGAUAAAUCCUAUAUCUUACGACGAUUACGUCGUAAUUAAAGCUCAGAUACAGGAGCUUCUAGCAGCUAAAACAUCAAAAACAAGUGACAGAAAUCUGUCUAAUAAGUCUAAGGGUGAUCACUCUUCUUUGAAAUCAAAAGGCAGCUCAAAACAAUCGUCACAAGCGCAACGUGAAGAAUCAGUUCAGACAGAAACUACCAGGAAUAUUACGGAAUUUGAUGUUAAAAAAUGCUUGUUUAGUAAUGUAGUAAGUGAAAAUAUUUUGGAAAAUGUAAAAUAUAUGGAAAAACAAUAUAGUUUCUAUUUGCCAGAAAAGGAGUAUAUCUCUGAUUUGCCUGGUCUGUUGAGGUUUGUACAUGAUAAAAUUAUUGAGUAUAAUGUUUGCAUUUAUUGUAAUAGGCUGUUUGCUGAUCAUUAUGCAGUUUUACAUCACAUGGUUGGAAAACAACAUCAUAAACUAAAUGAUGACAACUUUGAUGAAAUUAGACAGUUUUACGACUUCACUGGGUCAUACUUAAGGUUUAUUACUAAUCUUCCUCCCACUGUAUUGAACUCAAAUGAUGGCGCAGACAAUGAAGAUGACUGGGAGGAUGUUAUAACUACAACAACAGACGGUGACAAAAUUACGGAACUUUUGUCAAGCUAUGGGUUGAAAAAGGCGCACAUUACCGAAAGCGGUAACCUAAGUCUGCCAAAUGGGAAGGAGGCUGUUCAUCGUGAACUAUCCUACAUUUACAAACAAAACCUUGUUGUGCAUAGCUCCUAUAACUUAAAAAACAAACAAGAGAAUUUCAAAUUUAAGAAAAAGUCCGAGAAGAGGCAAAUAAUAAUGACUCAGAACCAAUCGCAAUACAGGACUGGAAAACGCGACCUCAGAGUAGCAGUAAAGUCAUAUAAACUAUUCGUUCCAAUACGUCAAGACAUUUGCUUUGGAUAA